AUGUCUAAUUAUGGAUUUGUUAAGGUUCCCAGGAGCAUAAAAGAGGCAAUUGCCGAUCCACUUCCUCCAUCGCCACAGUCGGUAUCAGAAGUUCCAAAAACGCCACUAGCAAAGUACAUAACGGAUUAUGCUACUCAAGAAUUACCUCAAGAAGUUCUUAACCAUUCCCUUAGAGUUUAUCAGUACAGCUUAGCCAUUAUUAAGGAUCAAUUUCUGAGUUGGGACUUGGAUACCGAGGUCUUGUACGUGACAUGUUUGUUACACGAUAUUGGAACCACAUCCAAGAACAUGAAGCUGACCAAAAUGUCUUUUGAGUUUUCGGGUGGAAUUCUUGCUAGAGAUCUUGUUUUUGAGAGAACAAAGGGAAACCAAGACUUUGCGGAAGCUGUUUGCGAAGCCAUCAUUCGUCACCAAGAUUUGGGUGAGACUGGGUACAUCACAUCUUUAGGGCUUAUUUUACAAAUAUCCACUAUUUUGGAUAAUGUAGGACUCAAUACGGAAUUCAUCCAUCCUGAUACCCUAGAUGCCGUAAAUAAGGCUUAUCAGAGAAAAGGGUGGCUAAACUGUUUCGCAGCUGCGAUCGAUAACGAGAAUUCAUUGAAGCCAUGGGGUCACACAAGUUCUUUAGGAGUCAACGAGUUCAGAGAUAGUGUUUUGUCUAACAAGACAAAGUAUGAGAAACUCUAA